GUCCCGUAGUACGGUGGCGACUGUGAAGGCGGUGGGGUGUGCGACGGACCUCCUCGUGACAUGGUCCUGUGAGGAGAGUGCCCAGAGGGACGAUUGUGAGAGGUGAUCAGAGGCAGUUACAGUCGAGGGAGCAGUUACUGGUCGAAGGAUCGUAUUUCAGGAAGAUGCUGAAGCACGUGCAGGUGCGCUCCAGUUCGUCGCUGCUGCGGCCCGGUGGCCAGAAGGCCGACACGCUCAGCAUCAACUCCAACAUGAGCUUCUGCUCGCUGCACGAGCCGGCGCUGUCGUCUCGCUCGUCUUCGUACACGUCUCUGAACGAGACGCAGAGCAGCACGGGCAGCGCCAGCGUGCCCGCCGCACCGCCCACGACGACUGUGAAGGUGUACACGCGCUGUCUGCGCCCCGACCUCGAGUACAAGACGAUGAGCGUCAAGUACACGACCACCUGCCGAGACCUGGUGGACCAGCUGCUCAACAAGUACCGCAUGAAGCACCGCGACCCGAACCUCUUCUUCCUCACCAUGGAGGUCGCCACCAGGAGCACAGGUGCCGCGGUGCGGACCAUCCUGGUUCUGGACGACGACUCGUGUCCCGCUCAGCUGCAGGCCUGCUACCCCAGAGCCGACUCCAAGUUCACGGUGCGAAUGAGGCACGGAGGUCUGGUGAAGGUCUGCGACAGCGUUCUCAUGGCCGAGUCAAAGUACAAGAGCCUGCUGAUCUCUGAGCGCACCACGGUGGAUCAGGUCAUCCAGCUGGUCCUCAACUGCUACAACUCUAACGAGAGUGUCAACCUCUUCAGCAUAUACGAGGUGUGUCACACGACGAGUUUCGAGCGCAAGCUGCACGCCGACGACCGUCCGCUGGCCAUCCAGCAGGAGUGGUCCUCUCCGGCCGAGUACAGCUUCGUGCUGAUGAAGUGGCCGCCGGGCACGCCGCGGUCAGGACGAGACUUCCCGCUCAGGAGAUCGUUCCUGCACUGGAGCCGUGGCCGCGAGCUGAACCGUCUUGGUCGCGACAAGGAGACCGGAGAGGUUCGCCGCUCGGGCAGUCUGCGGGCCGGCUCCCUCUCUUUGGCACCCGCGAGGAACUACGACAGCUUCCUCUUCAUCUGAGACGUCCCAGCUGGCACGUCUGCUUUACCAAAGAAUAUGAAUUCGAGUGUAUCGAUCGACUGAAGUCUCGAGUGGAAACGACGCCGGCUCCGGUCGCUCUCUUCUCAGAACGGUUGUGGAGCUGGCGCGAGUUUCCUGGAAUCCGCCGCGGGCGGCGUCCAGUGGGCCGUCUCAUCGGAGGACUGAUUUGAAACGGGAGUCUCGGCCUCGAGACUGGAGUCCCGGCCUCGAGACUGGAGUCCAGACCUGUCAGUCAUCGUAUCUCCUGCUGUGUGCGAGAAUCGACCGCAAGCUGCCGGUCGGCCUGCGCUUCAGUCCACGCUGAUCAUGUGUUUGCUGUUAUUGCUUGUUUGCCGUGUGGCAGUGCAAAUAUCGAAUUGUUAUAUAGUCAGGGACGAGUCAUAAUUAAACGGAGAAGCACUCCAAAUGUGUCAUUUUCAUUUACUUGUCAGUCUUCAGAUAUCUAGUCACAUGAGUGUAAUCUCGUUUUUGUUCAUCAGUCAUGAAAUAUAUGUGCUCAAAUGUG